AAAGUGAGUUGGUAAUUCGCCAGUCGAGUGUGAGUACAUUUUUAUUUACGUUAUAAUUUUUCUUCGGCAUGUCCAAGUGAAUAAAAGUUUUUAAAUAAUAAAACUAAAAACAAUAGAGUAAAAAUGUUGACACGUAAAUUAAUAGUGAGGCAAAAAUUGCCACGACAUAUUUAUAUAAAAACAAGUGGUAAUAAUUAUUCAACAACCGAAGUACAGACAGAAGUAAUCACACCACUGGAAGUGAGGUUAUCAGAGCACAAACCUCAGCUGAAACGCCGCCCGCCGUUUGCAAAAGGUCUUUUUGUCGGUAAAUAUGACAUUGAGUUUGCAGCAUUCCCAGAGCCGCAGACGCACGAGAGGCACAAAGAAUUCUUCGAGUGGUUGAAGCCUGUCGAGGAGUACAUGUCGACCAACAUCAACCAGGAAGCUAUUGAUCAGACUGGUAAGAUUCCGCGUGACGUAAUCGAAGAUCUUAAGGACCUAGAUGUUCUCCGAGCUGCUGUGCCAGAUGAGUACAAAGGUCUGGGUUUGAAUCACAGCGAGUUGUCCAAGUUGAUAGAGACACUGGCUUUUGUGCCUCCACUGGGUGCUUAUCUGGCAAAACAGAGCCAGGCGGUGAAAGUGAUCACUGAGAAUGCAUCCGAUACACAAAAGGAAAAUUAUUUAACGAGAAUAGCCAGUGGUGAAAUAAAUCCUACGGUUUGUAUAUCAGAGAACACCCAGGGGUCCAAUGCCGCUGCUAUUGAGUGCACUGCUGAGCGUUCGUUGGAUGACAAGCACUGGGUUUUAAAUGGAUCAAAAACUUUCGUGGCGAAUGCUGAUGAUUCAAAUCUAUUUGUCGUCUUUGCUGAGUGCGUUGAGCUCGGAAGACGUUUCGACAAAGAGGACAUGGUGACUGCCUUCUUGGUAGAAAAAGAUUUCGGUGGUAUCACCGUACACGAGCCGGUACAAUCGAUGGGUCUCCGGGGAGUUACCAUGAGCCAGGUGACUUUUAAAAAUACUCUGGUGCCUAUCAACAACGUCAUCGGGGAUAUUGGUUCAGCAAACGAGUUCUUCACGAGUGUCUACAGCGAAGGAAAAGAAUUCAUCGGCAGCCAGGCGAUUGGUUUGACUAAAAAUUUCUUGCAGGCGCUUAUCAAAAAUCUUAAAUCCGACAAAGACUUCAACGCCGCCCUGUUCAAAAGCGACUCGGUCCAAGAAAUAAUUGCUAAAAUAUGCUGCAGUAUAUUCGCGAUGGAGAGCGUAGUUUAUUUGACCACGGGAAUAAUCGACAGCUACGCGAACCAGGACUGCAAUUUAGAAAAAUGUAUCACUGAAGCUUUCUGCACUGAGACCUGUAUCAAGAGUAUUCUGCUGGGAGUCCCACUACUUGGAGCUGCUUCUUUUCUAAAAGGAAAUGGUAUCGAAAGACUGAUAAGAGACGCGAUGUGUCUCACCAGCUUCGACGGUUCUUUGCUCAACACCAAAGCAGUAAUCGCUCUCCAGGGUCUGCAGCACACGGGAAAUAAAUUGGGUGACCAGGUGAUAAUCGAGAGAAACCCGCUCAUGUUCCCGAAGGAAAUUCUCGCAAUGAUGGUAAAAUUCAAGAGGAGGAAAAGUUUAUACAUACCCGACAACUUGCAUCCUUCACUGCAACCAACUGCUACAAUACUUGAGGAAUCGAUUAUCGAUUUCGAGAAAAUGAUCAGGACAGUUAUCAUCCGUAAUGGCCAGCAAGUGAUGGACAGACAGAUGGAACUUCGUAGAAUUGCUGAAGUAGGCACAUACUUGUACGUUAUUGCUGCUAUUCUCGCCCGCUCCUCCAGGUCUUACUGUCUGGGGAUGAGAGACAGCGAAAAGGAAAUAAAGAUGGCUCAGGUCUUCGGGUACGCGCUCUACCAGAAAGCCAAGCAGCUGAUCGCCGACCUGGACUACGGCGACUGGAUCAACGGCGACUACUUGCUCAAAGAAAUAGCCGACUCGGCAUUCGAAAAAGACAAAUACUUUGUCGAGCAUCCGUUAGCAAGAGCCUUUUAAUAUAAUUAUUAAUUAUUAGAUAUUAAAUAUUAUUUAUACGAUUAAAUUUAUAACGCGCAUUUUAAUCCUCGUACAUUCGUUAUCUGUAGGCUGUAACUAAUAAAUGUAAAUAAUUAAUGAGGAAUAAAUAAUGAACAUAAAU